AUGCUGAAAUGCGCCUCCUCGAGCAAGGGGUAUACUUUAGUGAGUCUCUGCCGGUGGACCCAUUCAAUAGCCCAGCCACCGCCGCUUGAUACCGCUGUCGCCCACUCGAUCGACACAUCACCGCCGUUGGUUUUGCAAGAACAUCAAAACAACAACGGCAUCGGAGACGCAUUCCCGAAUUGUGCAAUUUUCGGUGGCCCAAUGGAGCUUAUGGCUGUGCCCAAAAGAAAGGUUUCUCCACACAAGAGAGGCAUUAGGAAUGGACCGAAGGCUUUGAAACCUGUCCCAGUGAUCAUCCGUUGCAAGGUCUGCGGUCAAGUUAAGCUGCCACACUUCUUCUGCUGCAGUGGGAUUAAGCCAAACCCCCAGUGA